AAAUCAGUUCCAUUCGGAAAUUCGUCAGAAGAAUAUAUUUUUCCAAGUAAGAAGUCAGCAGAGUUUAGCAGAUCACACAAUGUCCGACCAGAAUGAAUUACAACCUGACUAUGAUCCAGAAUACGAGGAGCUCCUCAAGUACUUUAAGAGCAAUAACCUCAUUUCCGAUUCACCCUCCGUUACGGUCCGUCCCGGAAGGGUCAAGAUCACAGCCGACGGUGUGGUGAUCGUUGACCAAGGUACUAAUAUGCGACGUCGCAACCUCAAGGCCGUGCUCACUCUGCCCGACCUGAAGGAGCGCGCUUCUUAUUCGUCUCACAAGUGGCUGUACGAACUGUCCUUGAAGCUGGCCGAGGACCCGCCCAGCCCGUAAGUAAGGGCUGGAAUACGGCUGACGGUCUUGGCGACCCGCCAGAGAUCAAAAGACACAAGACGGUCAAGCAGAACAUGCCAUCAUUUCAUCAAAAUUAGACUGUUUCAUUUGUUAUAUCACACACACACUUUAACAAACCCAAAAUAGCAAUAGUUGUAUGUGUUAUGUGCCGCUCAAAUUUAUUUCAAAAAUAAUACCCACGAGUCCACGGGGAAGUUUCG